AUGGUGGUAGCGCGUGUUGCCCAUACAAGCACCUUCAUUCCCGAAACAAAUUCUGUUCUCAUCACUGGUGGUGAUAGUAAUAAUUUGUGGAUUGGUUCUCCGUCUACGGAGACAUUUCUUUCAUCGAACGGAUCGUCCGCACUAGGAAGAAAUAUGACAGAAGCCCGAUUUCUUCAUACAGCCGAUCAUCUAGGACCACAUGAAAUUCUGAUCGCUGGAGGUUCGAAUACUUCGAAUGCCGAAGUUUUCGAUCCUCUACUUGGAAUAACAAACAGAACGGUCAUAAUGAGUGCACCGAGAAUCGAACAUAAAUCGGCUCUGAUUGAUUAUGGAGGCGUCAAACGUGUGUUGUUAAUGGGCGGAUAUUACGGAGUUGAAAUGGAUAUAUCUCCUACGGGUGAGGUUUAUGACAAUGUAACAGAUACAUUUAAACCAGUUAACAACAACAUGUCUUCAGCUCGGGUUGGCCACACAGCGACUGCUAUUCCGAAUGGUACUGUAGUUAUCGCCGGCGGUUUUUCGGAGACAUUCACUCCUCUCGAUUCAAUCGAAGUCUACAGCAGCGCUUCGAACAUAUUUGUACCGCUUAUUGCACGCCUGUCGCAUGCUCGAGGAUAUCACACAGCAACAUACAUUCCGUCUAUUCAAGCAAUAUUAUUUACCGGUGGUGAAUUUAAUUAUACUUCAUCUGUUGCUCUACAAACAUACGAAUUGUUCGAUAUACUUAGCCUCACUAUUAUACGAAAUGGAACAUUACUAGACCCAAAAACCGGCGGAACAGCAACACUUUUACUUAACGGAGAAGUACUUCUAGUGGAAGGUUAUGAUGGCUUUAAUGAUACAAUUACGUGCGAGUUGUACAAUCCCAUGACGGAUUUGUGGAGAGCGGCAGCCAGCUUGAACAUGGCAAGAGAUGGUCACACCGCUACACUACUAGAGAAUUCGGGACAAGUGUUGAUCUGUGGUGGAGUGAUACAACCGAGCUACAGUGUGCUCGACGAGUGUGAACUCUAUCAUCCGUAG